CGCAGACCUGAACUCUUACCUCUUCCGACAACAAUGACUGGCAUCAUAUAAAGGACAUGAUACCCUGAAUCGUCUUGAUUUCUCCCACCUCCUCACUUUUGUGUCGCUCGUGUAACUUCUAUCUCUCCUGCCGCCCAUUCACGCCACAAGACCCAACAUGAGCACUACGAGUAACGCCGGUUCGCGCCCGUCAAGCGCGACGCCCACGCAGUCUACGGGGCCUCACGGGCGGCCCUCGGACGUUAUAAUCACAGACUGCCCGAUCCUGGUGUGGAUGAUGUCCUUGAAUCGCGAAUACACGCUCGAGGAAUACAACUCCUGCUACGAAGUCGUCAAGGAGUGUCUCCCCCACGUGAAGCGCAUCAAGAACGAUCCCGAGAACCCAGAUACCUUUCGUCAAAUAAUGACUGUGCUUCUCCCUCUCCUCAUGAUGCGGCACCGGCGCAUACCGCGCGCGCGCUGGCGCGACAACCAGACAGCGAACGGGAAACAUUGGAUUGAGCAGGCGCCGGACAACAUGCCCCCGGAAAAGUUCCUCACGUCGAUGAUCGGGUACCAUCUGGAGUACUGCAACUCGAUAUGCGGCAUGGCGAUGACACAGGGGCAGCAGCGGCGCGUCAUCAACAUCGGCCUCGGUAUCCGCCAGAUCCACGUCGAGCCGCGUAAUAUCACGGUGGCGACGUACGUGGAGGCGAUGAACCACCUGCUCACUCCCCUCGAGGUCGACCUCAUCACCAAGCACGGACAAGCAGACGAUGUAACGUUGCGCCGACUUUGCAUUGUCCUCUCCUGUAAAGACGCGUACAUCAAGGCGAUCGGGCAGCCCGUGGGCUUCGACUACCGCCGGCUGGAGUUCAAUAUCCCCGAGGAGAAGGCGACGGGCGAUGGGCAUCCACUCACCGGCUGGGAGUUCCGCAUCUUCAAGGCGCAGCUCGGCGUCUCGCGUCGCGGGCAGAUCGUGCAGGAGGACUACCAAUGCGUCUGUGCGUUCUUCCGCGGCAUGGCGGACUCCAAGUUUGUGUGGUACGAGAGCCGGCAGGAGCUCGAGAGCUGGGUGCAGUUCAUCAAUAUCGACCAGAUGGUGAAGGUCGUGCAGAAGCUCACUGCAUAAGUGCGCGAAGUAUAAUCAAGACUAUUUAUGCUAUGCCUGGUUGCUGUGCUUUCUCAAGUUGUGUAUCUGUAUGUAUCGUUUUGCUCACUGGAUCCGUCUGUAAUAUACAGUGCUAGAUCAAGGACUAUACCCUUCACGUUCUACUGGCAGUCCCGAAGUGUAUUGUUCCCCCGCAAGAACAAAAGAGAUCAAAGGAUCACCCCAGACUGGAAGGCU